AAUCGAAAGCAGACUCAGAAGAACGCGAAGUCGAAGUCCAACACAAAAAAAUAUUGGUUUUCUUCGGUUUAAGAAGCGGUGAGUGAUCUUUGCCCGACGGCCGAAAUUUGUCGAUUCGCUUUAAUGUUCUCAAUCUCUUUGUUCCGGUAAGCUGAUCUUCGAUUUCAUUCUGGUUAGACAAGGAUUCCAACUAUCUGGAUUGGCGGUUUUCAUUUCUGUAUUGUAUGCCCUCCACCUGUUCGACGAAAUGCCGCAUUGAAGUUUCAGGCUAUGGCAUAGCCACUCCGCUGUUCGAUGUUGAACCAACGAAAAUAUGUGAAGCUACUUCUCGGAAUUUUUCAAGGGAUUAACUUCAUGAAGUGAUUUUGGAGGCAUGAUUAUGGCGUAUAAGCAUUCUCAGAGGUUGAUGUUCGUCUGUCGCGUAAUUCAUCUCAACAUUACGAGACGCUCUGCGUUUUAUUCAAAUCCGAUGCUAUAUCACUGCACAGAGGACUCCUUCGAUGAUCAUGAGCGGCUGCCAGCCGAUUGGUACGAGAAGGCAUUUCCGAAGAUAAAAAAAUUGAGCUGCUCAUUGAAGAAUGUGGAUUUGAUCGAUGGGCGACUUGUUAAUGUUAACGACGAUUCAACCAUUUUGGACGAGCGAAUUGAACAGAGAAUGCGUAUUUUUAAGUCUCUUGUAAGAGUCUUCAUUGGUUCUCCGUCGGUUCAGAGGAGAGUAACGGAAAUGGCUGCAUCGACUGCUACAAAUUGGCAGCCUCAGACAUGUUUCAGAAACUCAAGCGAAAGAGAGCCAAUGGUUGUUGAUUCACUCACCAAGGUCAGCAACUUCCUCAACGUGUCUGCCCAACAAAGGAAGCUUGUGCGCCACACCAUAUGCCCACAGGCUACACAACAUCACAUUUGGACUGGUGCAUUGGAUCAUGUGCUGAAAGAGUUAAAAAUGGAGCUGGAUCCACUGGCUCAUCACUCACCCAACAAAGGGAUCAAAAUGGGGCAGCAAAUAGUUUCAAGUUGCCUAAACUUCUUGAAUGAUGCCACCAAUUCAAAUGCUCACAUCACUUCAUGGAUGCGGCCAGCUCCAUUGCAACACAAUGUCGAUUCAUCGACAUCUCCAAAAUGGGAAGACAUGCUCGAGAUGUUCACCGAUCUAAUCAGCACGCUGAAAGACGAAAAGGGUUUGCAUCAAUAUGUGACAAAGCUAGAGGUGAUGAAGGAGGGGCUUACACAGAUCCGAGACGUGCUAACCGAUAAAAGCAUUGGAUUCAAGGAAGCAAAGCAUCAAGAAAGCCUGGUGCAGAAGAAGCUGUCAAAGACGCUGGGCCACUCAUCCAGGUGCUUGUUCACUCUCUUACUUUACUAUCUUUUUGGGCAUUUUAGGGAUGUAGAAGUGGACCUUUGUGGUGGGUUGUUGAAGGCUGUUGAGAAGGAGGAGAAGUAUUUGGUGUUCAUGGGGAGGAUCUUGAGCUGUGAUGAGGAGAGGGUUGUUUGGAAUGGGGUGAGGCAGCUUGAUAGAGCUAUGGGGCUUUUUAAAUUUGUUUGGGAAACGGCUGGAAUGAAGGGGGAUUUGGUGUUGCAAGGCCAUUUGUUUUGUGUUGGAGCUGAGGAUAGGCAGCUUAGUUAUAAAGGAAAUGUUUAUUUAUUGCAUCAGAUCAGUUUAUAAAUAAAGAACGAUUUGUUAA